AGGAGGCAGAUGCGAGGGAAAUCUCAAAGUAGGGUGCAAACUCUGCAAAGCAGUCGUGAAGGUUGUGAUAGUCUCUUCCGAUGAAAAGCAGUUCACCUUCGUAGCAGCAGCCAGGUUUGAGGGCUGUGGGGAGUUAUUUACAAACACCGCUUCGUUCCUCCUCGGACAGAACCAGUCCGGUCGGUCAGCACGGACCGCUCCAGUCCAGGGCCCGAACCUCCUGCAACAGAGAGCCCAGUUUGAGUCCCUCGCCAUCAUCAUGGCAGGACCCGGAGGUGGGAGCAGCGAUGUGCAGUGGUGCUUCUCACAGGUCAAAGGAGCCAUGGAUGAUGAUGUAGCUGAAGCUGACAUCAUCUCAACGGUUGAAUUCAAUCACUCUGGGGAGCUACUUGCCACCGGGGACAAGGGGGGUCGUGUUGUCAUCUUUCAGCAGGAGCCUGAGAGUAAGAACCAACCGCAGUGCAGAGGAGAGUACAACGUUUACAGCACCUUCCAGAGCCACGAGCCUGAGUUCGACUACCUGAAAAGUCUUGAGAUUGAGGAGAAGAUCAACAAGAUUCGAUGGCUACCUCAGAAGAACGCGGCGCAGUUCCUUUUGUCUACGAAUGACAAAACUAUUAAGCUGUGGAAAGUCAGUGAGCGUGACAAGAGACCAGAGGGCUACAACUUAAAGGAAGAGGACGGACGUUACAGAGAUCCCAACACUGUCACGACUCUACGGGUACCGGUGUUCAGGCCCAUGGAUCUGAUGGUGGAGGCCAGUCCCAGACGAGUGUUUGCAAACGCACACACCUACCACAUCAACUCCAUAUCAGUCAACAGUGAUCAUGAGACCUACCUGUCUGCAGAUGACCUGCGCAUGAACCUUUGGCAUUUGGAGAUCACAGAUCGCAGCUUUAAUAUUGUUGACAUCAAACCAGCGAAUAUGGAGGAGCUGACAGAAGUGAUCACGGCGGCAGAGUUUCACCCCUACCAGUGCAACACGUUUGUUUACAGCAGCAGUAAGGGAACCAUCCGCCUGUGUGACAUGAGGGCGUCCGCUCUGUGCGACACACACGCCAAAUUGUUCGAGGAGCCAGAAGACCCCAACAACCGUUCAUUCUUCUCCGAAAUCAUCUCCUCCAUCUCUGAUGUGAAGUUCAGCCACAGCGGACGCUACAUGAUGACGCGGGACUAUCUGUCCGUCAAAAUCUGGGAUCUCAACAUGGAAACGCGGCCAGUAGAAACAUAUCAGGUGCAUGAAUAUCUCAGGAGUAAGUUGUGCUCGCUUUAUGAGAACGACUGCAUCUUUGACAAGUUUGAGUGCUGCUGGAAUGGGAAUGACAGUGUUGUGAUGACCGGCUCCUACAACAACUUCUUCAGGAUGUUUGAUCGAGGCUACCGGCGCGACGUGACCUUUGAGGCAUCGCGGGAGAACAGCAAGCCGCGAUCGGUCCUGAAGCCUCGCAAAAUAAGCACGGGCGGGAAGCGCAAAAAGGACGAGAUCAGUGUAGACAGUCUGGACUUUAACAAGAAGAUCCUCCACACUGCUUGGCAUCCUCUGGACAACAUCAUUGCCGUGGCAACCACCAACAAUCUGUACAUAUUCCAGGAUAAGGUGAACUAGCGUUUGGUAAC